CCAUUAGAAUGUUGAUUGACUGUAACAUAAUGUAACACUGAAUCAUAAUCUGAAAAUCAUUUUGUUUACAGCAGCAGUGUGACAGGACUGUUAUUUGUUGCUGAGGAAGACGUAUAUCCAGACACUAUCUGCAAACUAGGAUUUCAAUAAGACAUAAUGCUGUCUACAAACGCGUUGAGAAGAAGCCUGCGCCUGCAGUGGUCAGAAUAUUAUACAGCAGAAGGAAGUCCACAUGUUUCCUACAAGGAGAGGUUACGCAGGGUCUUUCGGAGAAGGAGAUUCCACAACUUCCACAACCCCCUCGACCCCAACGACUCCCACGACUCCCACGACCCUCACGACCCCCACGACACCCACGACACCCAUGACCCCCACGACUCUAUUGCCAGUGACGACUAUAUGGACGAGUAUCAGGAUGUGACUGACGACGAGGAAAGCACUGACGAACAGACCGCAGGGACUAAGGCACUGUUCAGUUCCACUUGGAGUGGCCUGAUGAAGGCCGCUUUCCUCCUGCUGGUCAUGCUGAGUUUUGGAAUCUUGGCAAACGUGAAUCUGAAGCUGAUGGAGGAGGUGCGGUCACUCAGACAGCAGGGAAACACUCCCCUGGCAGACACAAUGCCCAACUUUGCCUCAGAAUCGCAAGGUGCUAGAGUUUUGCAUAGUUUAUCUUCGGACACCUAUUGGCACAGGAAUCCUCACAGCUGGCGUGUAAUAGACAAAAUAUACCACUGGUAUUAUUCACCCCUAUCACAGCGGCGUGUGAUCCAGGGACAUUCGCCAUUACAACCAGGACAUUGUUGGUGCUUUCCGGGCGACCACGGACAUAUCGUGAUCUCUCUGUCUCACCCGACCUCCAUCACUCAUGUGACGAUGGGCCACAUAUCAAAACGAAUUUCCCCCUAUGGCAACAUCGCGAGCGCGCCAAGGGAAUUCACUGUCUAUGGAAUGAGGGGCGAUGAUCAGAACAUCAAGUUGGCUAAAUUAGUCUACGAGCAAGAUGGUCCAUCAUUACAGACCUUCGAAGUGCCUGACAAAGGUGUCUUCACUCACGUGAAGCUACAGAUAGACAGCAACUGGGGAAACGUGGACUCCACUUGCCUCUAUAACUUCAGGGUUCAUGGUCAAAUCUCCACCUCCCCUGCCAUUUUAUAGACGGACGGACAGAUAGAUAGAUAGAUAGAUAGAUAGAUAGAUAGAUAGAUAGAUAGAUAGAUAGAUAGAUAGAUAGAUAGAUAGAUAGAUAGAUAGAUAGACUGAUAGAUAGAUAGAUAGAUAGAUAGAUAGA